GAACCAAUACAACUUUUGCCGCAAGAUGUCGCACUCAGUCGUUAUCACACGUACAACCACCACCACCACCAGCACAUCACACGUUGUGCUGAACACGGGUUACCUCCGCACAACGCCAGGCCUGCUAAAGCUGGCCCAACUUAUUAUUGGCGCCGUAAAUGUUGGACUGGUUGCCUACUACAUCCGGCGCUACCCAACGUCGGGACUGCCAGCGAGUGCCGAAUUCUUCUUUCUGCUAAUGGCGGUCGCCUUCCUGAUCGGGACGUUCUGUCUGCUCGCUUCCUGCCUCGUGUCGCUCAGCACCGGCGGCAUCAUCUCGAAGACAAUCUACGAGCUCGUCUACCAUACGAUCGCGUUCCUGCUGUACCUCAUUGCCUCGAUCAUGCUGCUGGUUGAUGUCACUAACGGACGGUACUAUCACACCCUGAAGGACGCGUACAUGGCUGCUGCGAUCCUUGGACUGAUUGUGUCCGCACUCUACCUCUUCAGCGCACUGCUCGCUCAGCGUUCUUACCGCGGCAUCUAA